AUGCCUGAGAAGGUCAAGUCUACCCUGGAUCCCAAGAAGGGCUCCCAGAAGGCUGUGAGCAAGGUUCAAAAGAAAGAUGACAAGAAGCACAAACAGAGCUACUCCCUCUACAUGUGCAAAGUGCUGGGACAGAUGCACUCCAACAUGGACAUCUUGUCCAAGGUCAUGGGCAUGGUGAACUCAUUUGGCAGUCACAUCCUUGAGUCCAUCAAAGUCGAGGCUUCCUGCCUGGAGCAUUACAACAGGUGCUCUACCAUCAUGUCCCAGGAGACCCAGAUGGCCUUGUGCCUGCUGCUUCCCCUGGGAAACUGA